UGUUCUACAUUGAAGAAUUUAUGCACUGCACUGAAAGAACCACUGACAUGUUUAAACUCAGUGAGUGUGAGCAGACGGGCUUGAAGAAGCAGGCCAGGAAAGCACCUGGUUUGCUGGAAUAUAACCAGGCUUCCCAAGGAAAUUCGCACCAGAAGUAUUAUGGCAUCUCAUCUCCAGCAAAUCAAGAGAAAAUAUUUUGCCAGGGCAAAGAAACCCAUAUGUGUAAUGCUAUCAAGGCAUCUGAAUGUACAAUAAGAGAAGAUGAUUAUAACAUAUGCAAAACGUCUCCGAGGACGCUUAUUCGAUCACUGCAACAGCAGUCCUCUAGUGAUGACUCAGAAAUGGAAGAAUCAUGUGGGCAUGAUAAAUAUGAGAAGGGAAAAUGGAGUAUAAGAGAUAACCCCAUUGCAUGUGCUGAUUCGCCGGAUAUAUAUGAUGACCGACCUGUAAGAAAAGCAUCUUCCUGGACAGUUCUCAAAGGCCGAGUGUUAUUCAACAGCCCUGAGAAUGCUACUCAACAAGAAGAGGAGGAAGAGAAAGAAGAAAAUGAAGGAGAAGAGAAUGAUUUCCUUGACAACUCUUCGCUGUGGUCAUCCACAGUUGAGAGAAGUGAUUGGGGAUCAUCAGCCUCUUCAAAUAUUAUUCAGCCUGGGAGUAUGGAUACCAUGCAUUUAGAGCACUUACUGGACAAUAUGUUGCAGGUUGUCUCAAACAAUGAGUUAAAUUAUGGGCGAGACAUAAUAAAACCAGGAGAUGUUGAUCCAUCCACCUCUUUAGAAGUUGUGAAGUGCAGAGCAUGGAAUUUCAUAGAGCUUUUCUUCAGAAAACCCCUUUGGGUUAAACUGUUUUUGCCUCUAUUUUUGGUGGCAAUAAAAUUGAUUUGCGUGCAUGAUGAUUCCCAUGUUGUGGUUCCUACUUAAUCUUAGCUUACCACAGGAUUUAUUGUUGAAUACGCUGCCAAAUGACUACAAAGUAAAAAGAAAUUGUAAGUUCGUUCGAGGCAUUGAGAAGCUCAAUCAUGCAAAAUGCAAUUUCUAUUAUAUAUGGGCGAUGAAUAUGAAUCUCGACACCAUUUUGUUGCGUUUCCCUAACAACACCUAUUGUUUACCA